AUGUCAAUCGCAGGAAAGCCUGCUGAAGCAGAGUCUGAGACGAAGGAUGACAACUCUGAUGAUGCUUCUGGGAACAGCAAGGCGACCACGGAAAUGGACUUGAAGGCUGUCAACGAAUUCAGGAGUGCCAGUGUGCUUGAACGCUUCAAGAUGCUUGAGUUCUCGAAAGAUUCGCAGAAUCUGGGGAUUUGUGAGAGUGGUCGGAGUGCUGGAGAUGUCAUGGGGCCCGUGUUUGUCAAGAUCUUGGAGAGGAAGAUUGAAAUUCUGCAGUGGCAAAUGUUCCAUGCUCACCAAGCAGGAGAGGCCAAUAUCACGGUCAAUUUGGCACAGGGCAAGAAAGACCAAUUCAUUGUCAAACUCCCUGUGCAUGGAAGCCUUUGCUUGCCAUUUGCGGGUUCCAUUUCCUGUUCUCCACCCAGCAGCAGCGCCAGCAAGAGUCAGGCCCAUCUGUUCUGCACCUUUUUGGGUAUGCACUUCUACGUGCAGCCAAAGGGUAUCGACUUGAACACCUCUGACGUAGUCGUACCUGCCUGGGCUGUGAAAGCUGUGUCCAAGCCGGCUGAUGCAUUUUUGGAGCAAGAUGUGGUCAGGAAUGACUUCGUUGCUCUACUCCCUUUGAACGCAAGGCCACAUGACAUGUCGUUGCACUUGAUCACGCCAGAUAAUUCUGAUUCCGUGAAGGAGUUGAUCGCUGAAUGUGAGAAUGCUGGGGGUCAUGUGUGUCGUGGGCAAGCACAAUUGCAGGUUGCUAAGCCGCUUCAUAAUCUCCAGCAGAAGAUCGAAGACGAUCUUGCAAAGGACAAGGAGAAGGCAGAGAAGACGGCAAAGAAUUUGGUUCAGUCGGCACUUCGACGGAACCAAAACCGAGAAGCCAAAGAGUCCAAGAAACGUAAGAAGCAACAAGCACAGGUGGACAAUGACAUCGAACGUUUGCAGAUGGAGGUCUCAAACAACAAGGCUGACCUAGAAAAGCUGAAGCAUGCGGAAGAGGAGGAGGCACAUGUCCAAGAGGCAAUUGCGAAAGCACUUGCCUCGUGCAAACCCCGGACAUCAAUUCCUUUGACCGUUCUGGCUGCGAAAGAGACGGUGGAAAAGUCUGCGCGUGCCAAGGCAAUGCAAAGCGCCUUGCAAGAGGCCGAAGCAAAGUUGGCCGGCGCCCUUGCCCCAACUCCUUCAAGUGCAUCAACUCCGAAGCCUUCAGGCCAGGAAUCUGCAGUGGGAGUUCGAGCUGUCCUUGUUGCUUUGCACGAUGAUGGUGCUUUGGAGCCAAAGAAAGUGAACAAGAACAAGAAAGACGACAAGGCGCUGACAACAGCUGAGAUGCGCAAACUAGGAAAACAUCUUUUGAAGUGA